AUGGCUAAGCUGUGCUUUCUCUCUGUUUCAGUGCUCACACCUCCUCCACCGUUGCCACCACCAAUACAGGGAUAUGCCUUUAAACCACCUCCUCGACCAGAUUUUGGCACUUCUGGGAGAACAAUCAAACUGCAGGCCAACUUCUUUGAAAUGGACAUUCCUAAAAUAGAUAUCUACCAUUAUGAAUUGGAUAUAAAGCCAGAAAAAUGCCCUAGAAGAGUUAACAGAGAAAUAGUGGAGCAUAUGGUUCAGCACUUUAAAACCCAGAUUUUUGGGGACCGCAAACCAGUGUUUGAUGGAAGAAAAAACCUUUACACAGCUAUGCCACUUCCCAUCGGGAGAGAUAAACAGGUGGAGCUGGAGGUCACGCUGCCAGGAGAAGGAAAGGACAGAAUAUUUAAGGUGGCUAUAAAGUGGAUGUCCUGUGUGAGUUUGCAGGCUUUACAUGAUGCUCUUUCUGGCCGGCUGCCAAGUGUCCCGUUUGAGACCAUCCAGGCACUGGAUGUAGUGAUGAGGCACUUGCCUUCCAUGAGGUAUACUCCCGUGGGGAGAUCUUUUUUUACAGCAUCAGAAGGGUGCUCAAAUCCUUUGGGUGGUGGCAGGGAGGUUUGGUUUGGCUUCCAUCAGUCAGUCAGACCUUCAUUGUGGAAAAUGAUGUUAAAUAUUGAUGUGUCUGCAACUGCAUUUUACAAAGCACAGCCAGUGAUUGAGUUCGUAUGUGAAGUUCUGGACUUCAAAAGUAUUGAAGAACAACAAAAACCUCUGACAGAUUCCCAAAGGGUAAAGUUUACCAAAGAAAUAAAAGGUCUAAAGGUGGAGAUAACACACUGUGGACAAAUGAAAAGGAAGUACAGAGUGUGCAAUGUCACCAGACGACCAGCAAGCCACCAAACAUUCCCACUUCAGCAGGAGAAUGGACAAACAGUUGAAUGCACUGUAGCUCAGUAUUUCAAGGACAGGCAUAAAUUAGUUUUACGCUAUCCUCACCUUCCAUGUUUACAAGUUGGACAGGAGCAGAAACACACAUACCUUCCUCUGGAGGUGUGCAACAUAGUGGCAGGACAAAGAUGCAUAAAGAAACUCACUGACAAUCAAACUUCCACUAUGAUUCGAGCCACUGCCAGAUCAGCACCGGACCGUCAAGAGGAGAUCAGCAAGUUGAUGCGGAGUGCAAGUUUUAACACCGACCCUUACGUUCGGGAAUUUGGGAUAAUGGUCAAAGAUGAAAUGACGGAUGUGACCGGCAGAGUCCUCCAGCCUCCCUCAAUCCUCUAUGGAGGCAGGAAUAAAGCAAUUGCUACACCAGUUCAAGGAGUCUGGGACAUGAGGAAUAAACAGUUUCACACUGGGAUUGAAAUAAAGGUCUGGGCAAUCGCGUGCUUUGCUCCCCAGCGCCAGUGCACUGAAGUUCAUCUGAAGUCCUUUACAGAACAACUGAGGAAGAUUUCCAGGGAUGCUGGAAUGCCAAUCCAGGGGCAGCCGUGCUUCUGUAAAUACGCGCAGGGAGCCGACAGCGUGGAGCCCAUGUUCAGACACCUCAAGAACACUUACACUGGGCUGCAGCUUGUCGUGGUGAUUCUGCCAGGAAAAACACCAGUCUAUGCGGAGGUGAAGCGCGUCGGGGACACCGUGCUGGGAAUGGCCACACAGUGUGUUCAGAUGAAAAACGUCCAGAGAACAACACCACAAACCCUGUCUAACCUUUGCUUAAAAAUAAAUGUCAAAUUAGGAGGCGUAAAUAACAUUCUGCUGCCACAGGGAAGACCCCCAGUAUUCCAGCAGCCUGUCAUAUUCCUUGGUGCAGAUGUAACUCACCCACCAGCUGGAGAUGGGAAAAAGCCUUCCAUUGCUGCAGUUGUGGGAAGCAUGGACGCUCAUCCCAACCGAUACUGUGCCACCGUUCGGGUCCAGCAGCACCGGCAAGAAAUCAUCCAGGAUUUGGCUGCCAUGGUCAGGGAGCUGCUCAUCCAGUUCUACAAAUCAACGAGGUUCAAACCCACUCGGAUCAUCUUCUACAGGGACGGUGUUUCGGAGGGGCAGUUUCAACAGGUGCUGCACCACGAGCUGCUGGCCAUCAGAGAGGCUUGCAUUAAACUAGAGAAGGAUUAUCAGCCUGGAAUCACAUUUAUAGUUGUGCAGAAAAGGCAUCACACCAGACUCUUCUGCACGGAUAAAAACGAACGGGUUGGAAAGAGUGGAAACAUUCCAGCUGGUACCACAGUGGACACAAAAAUCACCCACCCAUCAGAGUUUGACUUUUACCUGUGUAGUCAUGCUGGGAUUCAGGGAACAAGCAGACCCUCUCAUUACCAUGUCCUGUGGGAUGACAAUCGUUUCUCCUCGGAUGAGCUGCAGAUCCUCACCUACCAGCUGUGUCACACGUACGUACGCUGCACCCGCUCCGUGUCCAUCCCCGCACCGGCGUAUUACGCACACCUGGUUGCCUUCAGAGCCAGGUACCAUCUGGUGGAUAAAGAGCAUGACAGUGCUGAAGGAAGCCACACUUCUGGUCAGAGCAAUGGCAGAGACCACCAAGCACUUGCCAAGGCAGUUCAAGUUCACCAGGACACGCUGCGCACGAUGUACUUUGCUUGACAUGUUUUAAUGUUUAGCGACUCCGUACGAGACAGAGUUGGAUUCACACAAGACCAGCUGCACUUAGACCAACCCCAGCUCCAGGGGCAGCCAGCAAUGAGUUACACAUCUUAAUUCCUUUCUUUCCCGUUUUGCAAGGAAGCCUUCCGUCCAGAAUUUCAGACUUGAUUACAAACUGCAUUCUUGUACCAAACCCCACUAUUGUUGGAAAUGUGGUUUGCCAAAAAAUCUCUAAGCUGCUUGGUAUAAAACAGACCCAUUUUAUAAUUAAAUCAAGAGCUGCAAUCUCAGGGCUUAGGGAAGGAAAAAACAAACAAACAAAAAACCAACAACCCAACCCACAAAACUCCUCAUUCAGUUUGCUGUUCAUUGAGUUGCUUUUAAUAAUUUGGAAAGAUCUAAUUCAUACUAAGGUUUGAUGAGCUAAAAUGCUGUGAAUUAGCUUUUAAUGCAAAGCAAAGCAUUUUUUUACUAUUUAUGAAGCCUUGAUUAUUCUAGAUGAAUUUACAAAAUUUUUAUUUUCAAAAUAAGAGAGUGACAAAAUCCUGGUUUUCAACUGUCUUAUAAAGAUUAUUCUCAGAUUAUUCUCUGUGUGUCUAAGGGCAAAUGUAUUUUCUGAAGCUUGUUCUUGAAUGUUUUUUAUUGUGCUGCAUUUGAAAAUGUUUUUCAUAGGCUAAAGAUGAAUUUAAAAAAAAAAAAAGAAUAAACUUGUACCUAAGCUUUUAAUAGCUCCAGUUAGAUUGGCAAAAGAAAAUGUGCCAUUUAAAAAACUUGUAAAGAUUUUUUUAAAAAUCAUACUGACAGCUAACUUUAGGAUUUGUCAUACAGGACUGUGACACUUACUUUCCAAAGUCUAUAAAGAAUACGGGUCUGUGGUGAUAAA